AUGGAAGAAGCCAAAAGCCAAAGUUUGGAGGAAGACUUUGAAGGACAGGCUACCCAUACAGGACCCAAAGGAGUAAUAAAUGAUUGGAGAAAGUUUAAAUUAGAGAGUGAAGACAGUGAUUCAGUUCCACCAAGCAAGAAGGAGAUUCUCAGACAAAUGUCUUCUCCUCAGAGUAGAGAUAACAAAGACUCAAAAGAAAGAUUCAGCAGAAAGAUGAGCAUUCAAGAAUAUGAACUAAUCCACCGGGACAAAGAAGAUGAAAAUUGCCUUCGUAAAUACCGGAGACAGUGUAUGCAGGAUAUGCACCAGAAGCUGAGUUUUGGGCCUAGAUACGGGUUUGUGUAUGAGCUGGAAACUGGAGAGCAAUUCCUGGAAACUAUCGAAAAGGAGCAGAAAAUCACCACAAUUGUUGUUCACAUUUAUGAAGAUGGCAUUAAGGGCUGUGAUGCUCUAAACAGUAGCUUUACAUGCCUUGCAGUUGAAUACCCUAUGGUCAAGUUUUGUAAAAUAAAAGCUUCUAAUACAGGUGCUAGGGACCGCUUUUCCUCAGAUGUACUCCCCACACUGCUUGUCUACAAAGGUGGGGAACUCAUAAGCAAUUUUAUUAGUGUUUCUGAACAGUUUGCAGAAGAAUUUUUUGCUGGGGAUGUGGAGUCUUUCCUAAAUGAAUAUGGGUUACUACCUGAAAGAGAGACACAUGCCCUAGAUCAGACCAACAUGGAGGAAGAUAUUGAAUAAAGAGUCACUAUGUCAACAUCUCAUAUUUCUCCUUUACAAGUUGAGCAUUGAUUUUCAUAGUAUCUAUAUUCCUUUAGAGAACACCAAGUAUGGCCAUGGCU